UAAAACGCAUCUUAGGGGUGCGUUCCAAAAAAUAAGGUGCUAUUAGUGGAAUUUCUUUUACAUAGGUGCUAUUUUUGUAAUUUUUUUUAAAGGUGCUAUUAUUGGAAAAAUUCCAGUCAAUGCGGGGUAUUUACACCAUAGAUGCUGUAAGUUUUCGUUUCUUUCAAUUUGAGACCACCGGAAAAAUAAAUGCAUUAAUUUCGACAACAUUGAGUAUAAUUGUUGACUUGUUGUCAUUUUAUUAGGGUUAAUUGCAAUGGUUGGUCACUGAGAUUACAAAAAUCGUUCAUAUUUGGUCACUGAAAAUAUUUAAAUUCAAUUUUGGUCACUCAAAUUAGUUAAAAGGUUCAAGUUUGGUCACUCUCCGUCCAACUCCGUUAAAUAUGUCUGAUGUUGCAGUCAACCCUCAAAGCUGACCGUUAACUCGGUGACGUGACAAUUAAAAAAUAAUAAAUAAAAUAAAUUUUAAUCUUCUACCAUUUCCAACUCAUUUUCAGAAUAAAGUAAAAUAAAAAAAUAAAAAAAUGAUUAUAAUCAAAUUCAAGCGAGGUUGCAGUUCGCCCAGAGAAGAAAAGCUUCAGAGCUCCAUUAAUGGAGGCUCUUAUGGCUCCUGCGGGAACAGUACACCGAUCUCCCUCCAGACUCCAUUUCCUCAAGCCUUCUCCUAACUUCGUCAACUCCACCUUCAAAUUCAAGCCGCAACAACUCUACACCUUCCGCAACCGCUGUCGAACCCCAUCCACUCCUCCCUUGAUCUCAAUAAACUGCAAGCUAAAAUCCUCUGGAGAAAUCAAGAAGCAGAACGCCUCUAAGAAGAUUGAGUUAUGGAAUUCCGCCCCGCCGUUGUUGGAAGAGGAAAGUAACGCCGACAGUGGGAAGAAGGAGCCUGCCAAGGCUGGGAGUGGGGGGAUUUACGAAGCCGUAGCCCUUGGAUCGGCCGGUGAGCUUGUCGGAGAUGAUGACGGCCUCGAGGAUCUCGCCGUACUUCUCAAAGUGGUCGCGCAUCGUGUCCUUGGGGGUUUCCCACGCCAGCCCGCCGACGAAGACUUUGGUCAGCGUGGUGUCGCCGAACUGCUGACCGGGGUUGCUGCUCAUGGUCAUGAUCGUGGAAACUGCUCCGGCGGGUUGACGGAGGAUGACGGAAGAAGAGAGAUUGUGAUUAUAAUAAUUUUUUAAUUUUUAAUUUUAUUUUACUUUACUGUGAAAAUGAGUUGGAAAUGGUAAAAGAUUAAAUUUUAUUUUAUUUAUUAUUUUUUAAUUGCCACGUCACCGAGUUAACGGUCAACUUUGAGGGUUGACUGCCACAUCAGACAUAUUUAACGGAGUUGGACGGAGAGUGACCAAACUUGAACCAUUUAACUAAUUUGAGUGACCAAGAUUGGAUUUAAAUAUAUUCAGUGACCAAACAUGAACGUUUUUUGUAAUCUCAGUGACCAACCAUGCAAUUAACCCCAUUUUAUUAGGUCUCAUCUAGGGCUGUCAGUUGGUCGGUUUCGGUUUAAUCGAAAACCAAAAUUUCGGUUAUCGGUUAAACCGAAUCACUCCUGACUGUCGCCGACCACCGACCGUGAGGAAGUCACGACUAGCCGACCACCGAUGGGUCGGUUUUUGGUUUUGGGUUCGGUUAACCGUCAAACCGAAAUUUUAGUGGCUCUUUAUUAAAAAAAGGAAAGAAAGAGAGAGAAGAAAAGAAAUAAUAUAAAAAGAACAAGAAAAAUAAAAAUAAAAAAAGAAAGAAAGAAAAGCACCAGUCCACACGUCUCUUCUUAUCUUCUUCUCCUUCUCUCCUCUCCACAUGAUUUCCUUAUCCUUCUCUCCUUCUCUCCUCUCUUCUCCCACCUUUUACGAAUCUGCUCUUCUUCUUCUCUCUUUCUCUCCGCCUCCUCUGCUACCCUCCAAAUUCCACCACAAAGCCGACGGAGAAAUAUAUGAGAUCGACGACCGCUGCGCAGCGUGAAGGAGGAGGAGCGGCGGUGGUCGGCGGGGCCGGAGGCGGAGCUUCGAAGAUGGAAGAAUCGCGGCCGGAGGCGCGGCGCGACAGGAGGCUAAGGAAGAGGUUAGAUUUAUAGGGUUUGAGAAUGAUUGGGGGGAUUUUUUCUUGUUUUGAAUUGGGGAGGGGAAGUCAGAUCCAUAGAUUUUCGGUGGAGGUCGGUGACGCGGUUAACCGCGGUUAGCCGUCUUCGGUUUUGCGGUUAUCCGACCACCCAAAGCAUUCGCCGACCACCGACCGCAGCUCUUCUUCCGUCGGUUUUCGGUUAGCCGUUAACCGCGGUUUUUGGUCAAAACCGCCGGUUAGCCGCUAACCGGAAACCGAAUUGCCAGCCCUAGUCUCAUCUAGGGAUGACAAUUUCGACCUGAUCCGAUUUACCCGAUUUGUUUGGCCUGUUUUGGGACAGGUUGGACCCACCCCGUAGGCCGUGCGGGGCGGGCAUGAGUACCUCUUAUCGCCCCGACCUGUCCUGACCCGCCCCAUUCUCGACUCGUUCUUGUGUAAAUUACAUGUAAUCUUAGUAAAAUUACUUAGAAUUU